ACUAGUGAGAAAAGCAGACGGCUGCACGCCACUCUAGAUGCUCUGGAGCUCCACUAUCACUCAUUGGAUGAGCACUUUGUUUGCCGCUGGGGACGUUCGAGCGUCUUUUUGGAAAAAACUGCGUGUCCUUUGAGCCCUUUAGCCUCCAGCAUCCAGACCUCUACUGCUGACACAAAUGCCACUUCUUGUCAGCUAAGCUGUCAGCAGAUCAGGCUGUGUGGCGCAGGCUUAAAUUAGUCUCAGCCAUGAAUCACACGAUUACAAUGUCUAAUGAGGCCACAGAGGUCCGAGGUCACAAUCGCAGCAACAUGAAGUCCUUGUGGAGCUGUGUGGUCCUGUUUCUCUUGGGUUGUGGAUGUGACCUCACAUUUUGUUUGGACCCCAGAGAUCUCAAUGUGUGCAGUUUAUGGGAAAGUUUUACUACAUCAGUGAAGGAGUCAUAUGCACAGCCGUUUGAUCAGGUGUAUGAGGAACCCUGCUCCGAACCCUGGAGCUCCAAUAAAUGCACUCGACACAGGAUUACAUAUAAAACAGCUUAUCGACAGUCAGUGAAGAUGGACUAUCGCAGGAGGUAUCAGUGCUGUCCAGGAUUCUAUGAGAGCAGAAGCAAAUGUGUUCCACGCUGCACUAAAGAGUGUGUCCAUGGACGUUGUAUUGCCCCUGACCGCUGUCAGUGUGAAGGCGGCUGGCGAGGAGACGACUGCUCCAGCGCGUGUGAUGCUCUUCACUGGGGUCCCGACUGCAGUAAACGGUGCCAGUGUCAGAAUGGAGGCCAGUGUGAUGUCCUCACUGGUUCCUGCCUUUGCCCAGCUGGAUACACAGGCACCCACUGCCAGGACCCAUGUCCCAAGGGCUUCUUUGGGCAGGGCUGUCAGCAGCAGUGCCAGUGUGGAACUGGUGGCUCUUGCAAUUCAACAACGGGAGAGUGUGUAUGCAGAGACAGAGUUACUGGAACACUGUGUGAUGAGCCCUGUGUGAAGUCCCGUCGGUGCCCACCUCGCUGCCCAUGCCAGAAUGGAGGCGUUUGCCAUGGUAAAGGAGUGUGUCUUUGCCCACCAGGAUGGACGGGGCCAGUGUGUACAGAGCGUUGUGCUGAGGGGAGGUUUGGUGUGAACUGUGCUAAGGAGUGUCUGUGCCAUAAUGGUGGUCACUGUGCCCAAGACACAGGCCAGUGUCAGUGCACUGCUGGUUUCACUGGCGAGAGGUGUAAUGAGGAGUGUGCUGUGGGCAGUUAUGGUCAGGACUGUAAGGGUGUGUGUGACUGCACUAAUGGUGCGCGCUGCUAUCACAUUCACGGUGGCUGUUUGUGUGAGCCUGGAUUCAGUGGUCCACAGUGCUCUCGAAGGAUGUGCGAUGAGGGAGCUUUUGGCAUGCACUGUGAAUACCAUUGCCUCUGCAGCCCCCAACAUACUCUCAGUUGUCACCCACUGAAGGGGGAGUGUACGUGCCAGCCUGGGUGGGCGGGGCUCUUCUGCAAUGAAACCUGUGCUCAUGGUUACUAUGGUAACGGUUGCCUGGAGCCCUGCCUGUGCGUGAAUGGCGGGGUAUGUGACAUGGUCACUGGUGUGUGUCACUGUGCGCCAGGAUACACAGGAACCCACUGUGAGAAGCACUGUGAAAGGGGGUGGUAUGGGAAGGAUUGCUCCUCUGUGUGUACCUGUGUAAACGCCAUGGCCUGCUCACCUAUCGAUGGAACCUGCUUCUGUAAAGAGGGUUGGAGGGGUUUGGACUGUUCCAUUGCAUGUUCAGAAGGGACAUGGGGUCCAGGCUGCAAUGCCACAUGCCAGUGUGCUAAUGGGGCACAGUGUAACCCAGUGGAUGGCUCAUGUACAUGCACAGCGGGCUGGAGAGACACACUGUGUGACCAGCCCUGCCCGGUUGGCACCUACGGCCCAGGCUGCCAGCACAAAUGCGACUGUCUCCAUGACAAGGGGUGCCACAGCGUGACGGGACAGUGCCUGUGCCUGCCCGGCUGGACAGGUCCACGGUGUACGGAGCAGUGUCCACAGGGCUCAUGGGGUCAUCAGUGUAACCAGAGCUGCUCCUGCCUCAACAGCGCCUCCUGUCUGCCAGACAGCGGCACCUGCUUAUGCAAACCUGGCUACUGGGGAGCUCAGUGUCAGCAUGUGUGUAGUCAGGGCGUUUAUGGGGACAAGUGCAGCCAGAUGUGCCCUUCAUGUGGCCAUUCCACCCCUUGCCACCAUAUCACAGGCCAGUGCCAGUGUCUGCCCGGCUAUAAAGGACCAACUUGUGACCAAGUCUGUCCUGUAGGCCACUAUGGAAAGCAGUGCCUUGGUGUUUGUAGGUGUACCAACAAUGCAACAUGCCAUCACCAGGAUGGCUCAUGUCACUGUCUUCCCGGCUGGGCUGGAGUAGACUGCUCAGUGUUGUGUAAAGCAGGGACAUUUGGAACUAAUUGUGCUCAAACAUGUUCAUGCCCUCCAAACCACUCCUGUGACCCUCAUACUGGUGCCUGUGCAUGUGAGCCUGGACCAAGCGUGGACUGUACACAAGAGCGGGUGGUCAGUGUGAUGGUGCCUGUGUCACCAGUGGAAAGAGACUCGUGGGGGGCUAUUGCGGGUAUUGUGGUACUGGUGAUGCUGGUGGUGCUGCUGCUGUCCUUGCUGUUGCUGUACCGCCGCAGACAGAAAGACAAACAGAGUAACACUCCCACUGUGUCCUUCUCCUCCACGCGCACCGUCAACUCUGAAUACGCUGUGCCAGAUGUUCCACACAGCUACCAUCAUUACUACUCAAACCCCAGCUAUCACACACUCUCCCAGAACAGACCUCCUUUACCCCAUGUCCCCAACAACCAGGACCGCGUCAUCAAGAACACCAAUAAACAGCUAUUCUGUAGCCUGAAGAACAUGGAGCGAGAGAGAAGAGGCCUGUUUGGUGUGGAGACUAACGCUACUUUACCUGCUGACUGGAAACACCAGGAGCCUCCUAAAGACCAAGGAGCUUUUGGAAUAGACCGUAGUUACAGCUACAGUGCCAGUCUUGGGAAAUACUACAACAAACAGUUAAAGGACUCCUGCGUUGCUGUGAGCAGCAGUUCUUUGAACAGUGAGAACCCAUAUGCCACCAUAAAAGAUCUGCCUGGUCUUCCUCCAUGCCCUCCCGAGAGCAGUUAUAUGGAGAUGAAAUCUGCUGUUCCUCAUGAGAGAUCCUACACAGAGAUCAGCCCUCCAGCCAUCCCCUCUACCAGCGUUUCCUCCAGAGAACAAUGUCCCCUUGGAAACGUUCUGGAACAGGAGCCCCAGAACCAUUACGACCUGCCAGUCAACAGCCACAUCCCAGGACAUUAUGACCUGCCACCAGUGCGCAGGCCACCUUCUCCAUCGCCACGGAGACUGCCCCACUGACCCCAAUGAAGUGUAAAGACUGAAUGGAGCAGACUUCUUUGAAGCAGAUCAACGUCCAUAAUCACUUCUGUAGCUUUCUCACAAAACAGAAGUAAAUGCUAUCCUCUUUUUGGAUAGUAAAGUAAUAGACGUUUGGAAAGGAAGAUAAAGAUAACUAUACAGCAUUUGCAAGGGAGCUCUUUGGAAUGUUAAAGGAAGUUACACUUCCUGAUCUAAGACUGACUUCUCAUGACCAAGAUCCAGAUAUGGGUAAAGUAAGCUGGACCUUGAACAGCCCAAAUGCAGUCCAUACAGAGCUUUUACAAAGUUGCAAAAACACAACACUGCCAUCUGCUGAACUGAAUGGUGACUAUACAAAACACUAAGAAUAGCUGAACCCAUUUUCUCAGUUCUUUAAAGCAUGUCUCUAUACAACAAAGUUUUGAUUGCUUUGCAUAUUGAUUUUCUGAGGUAUGGUGUGGUAUUAUUUGGGAGUUUGGAAUUCUUAAAUACAAUAGAACUAUCAAGAGGUAAAUAUUAAAUUUCUCGUCACAGCUAUGUAAUCUGCUUUGGAUGUUUUUUGUCAGGUUUUACAUUUUCCAAUGCAUUUACAUUAUACAACCUCUGCUUUGAAUGUCAGUUGAAUGUAAUCUUUUAAGAACUGUAAAUAUUGUAAAUAAAGCUUGGAUGAGA